AUGAUAUUAAUGGGAUCGUAUGGUAGAACUGGAAGAAGGCGUAAGCGUAAAAGGGACGGUGAUCAUCGAAGGGAAUUUGGUGCAGCUGUGUUUGAACAAGGCUAUAUUGAACUCCUAAAGUGGGCGAAACGAAAUGGCAUCUCCUUCGGUAAACUUCGUCCAGCGUACUUUCGACAGACAGGAAGAGGUUUGAUGACUUGUAGAAAGCUUUCAAAAGGCGAUUUAGUGAUAUCUGUUCCAGAGAAAAUGUUAAUUACGACAAAAACAGCGGAAAGGAGCCAGAUUGUGAAAACGUUCAUCAAACUACAACCGAAGUAUUCCCUGACAGCGAUUCAGAUUUUAUGCAUUUUUAUCUUGUAUGAAAAAUUCCAGGGAGGAAGCUCUUUCUGGUACCCUUACAUUAGAACAUUACCCACAUCUUUUAACACUCCUGCUUACUUCAAAGCAGAAGAGCUUAGUGCUUUGCCGUCUAGUUUACAGCAACAGUGUGUUACCCAGAUCAAAACUGUGCGUGAAUCUUUUGAAGAGCUGAAAAGAUAUGUUGAAAAUGAUUCAACUAUGCUGGAUAAAGCAUUUUUGGAUUUCUUGACUUUUGAUGAGUUCAGAUGGGCGUGGUUUGUAGUUAACACAAGGUCUGUGUUCAAAGCCAACUGCAUCGAUUUGUUACCAGGCAGCAGGUUGCAGACACAGGAUAACUAUGCCCUUGCCCCAGUUCUUGAUUUGCUGAACCAUAAUGACACAACAGAGGUAUAUAGAUUUCUACUAAUUAACAAUUUAACAAUGGUAAUGAUGAUGAUAAUGACAAAGACAAUAGACACAAUGAAAAUAACCCUUCCCACUUGUACACCAAAUCAUCAUCUUCAACACUGUAAGCAGUAACAGCAUUAUGAUCUUGUCAUCUUCAUGAUCAAGUCCAAGAAUGUAACCUUAGCGUCUGAGUAUUUUUUUUGAAAAUUCGGCCAUUUUGAUAGUAGCCCCUUUCAGUAAUUUUGCAAACCUGAGUGGAAAAAUCUUGAAGCCUAUCCAGUGUGUAUUACAGCUAAACACCCCUUCAGCAUCUGUGAUCACCAUCAUCAUAAGCAGUAUCAGUUACUGUAGGAUUAUUACUCUCAUAAUUACACCUUUAUCAUCAGCAUUAUUAUUCUCAUUAUUGUCAUCCCCGAUGUAAUUGUUCUGUAGUUCACUAUCAUCACUAUCAUCAUUUUAUUCACCUUUUACCAGUGUUGGUACUCAUCCCAUUAAUUUCCCCUGGUCAAACUUCUUUCAGUCACCUUAGAUUUUAUCGUUUGUUCUUGCUGACAUAAAUAAUAGGGUAGAUUAAAACUCUUUCAGGAAUAUCAAAAUUGUUUUGUAGGUCCAAGCUGGAUUCAACCAAGAAAGUAAACAUUAUGAAAUUUGCACUUUUACACCCUACAAGAAAGGAAUGCAGGUUUUUAUUAACUAUGGGCCCCACGAUAACAGAAAACUGCUUUUAGAAUAUGGUUUUAUUUUGCCACAUAACUUGCACAAUACUGUUGCUUUCUCUGAAGAUCUAAUUUACUCAGUUGUUCUACCUGAUAUCUUUGGUAUUUCAAGAAAGAAGAGGGAAAUAAUUGCCGUUAACGAGCUACACAAGGACUUAUGUUGUUCUGAGGGAAGUGGUUUGUCAUGGAAUCUACUUGUCUUGUUGAGGGUUCUCGCAAUGAAGGAGGACCACUUCAAAAGACAUUGGCAAAGAGUCUUGACUGGUGAAUUUCUUGGGGAAGAUGUUGAAAAUAGAGUUUCACAAUGGAGACAAAACUUAAUUGAAAGGGUUCUAAUAUCUUAUGAGUUAGAUGAAAAAAAUAUUGCUAAAUUCUUGAGUUCAGAUAUCCAACGAUCUGAAAAUGCAAAGUUGGCCUUGAGCUUAAGAAACCAAGAGAAACACAUCCUUCAAAAUGCCUUGGACCUGCUGAAGAUUUCUUGA